CAUCACGGCUCACGCACAUCAGAAACAUUGCACCGGCAUGUCAAUCGUCACGUUCGCAUUCAUUCAAUAAUUGACUUUAGUACGCUUGCAAUUCUUGUGUGCAUAACAACUUUCUCUUCGUUUCUGUUUGUUUCAACUCCAGGUCAAAUUCAUUAUUACGAACAAUCAUUAUUAUUGUUGCCCUGAUUGCUCUAGUUUUGAAUGAUUUAGAGAAUGUUCUUUAAAGUUUUUCGGUCCACAACUUGGCUAGCCCAUGGCCAAGGAAAGCGGGUCUUGGGUGUCGUGGGAACGAUAAUUGCUGGUGGAACGAUAACCACAUACUACCAACGCAAUGACGCACACAUGGCCGCGAAAUUGACCGUGGGCAAAUUCAUGGCCGAGCCCAUUACUCCGAAGGACACCCUUGUGGCCAAUGCUGAUGAUAUGCGAACGAAGAUGGAGCUGAUGAUCAUGAAGAUCCAGGCGGACUUUUGCCAGUCGCUGGAGAAUGAGGAGAAUUUCGGCAAGAAGUUCACCGUGGAUCGCUGGGAGCGAAAAGAGGGCGGUGGCGGAAUUACGUGCGUCCUUCAGGAUGGGGACGUAUUCGAGAAGGCCGGCGUGAACAUAUCCGUGGUACAUGGGGUGCUUCCGAAGGGUGCCAUACAGCAGAUGAGGUCACGCGGGAAGCAACUGGCGGAUGGAGAGUUGCCUUUCUUUGCUGCCGGUGUUAGCGCCGUCAUCCACCCGAGGAAUCCGAUGGUUCCGACGAUUCACUUUAAUUACCGUUACUUCGAGGUAACUGAUUCGAAGGGUAACAAGCAGUGGUGGUUCGGAGGAGGCACUGAUUUAACUCCAUACUACCUUGAUGAAAAGGACGCAGUCCAUUUUCAUCAAACGCUGAAGGAAGCAUGUGACGAGCACGACGAGAGCUACUAUCCCAAGUUCAAGGAAUGGUGUGAUAAAUAUUUUUACAUUCCCCAUCGCAAUGAAUGUCGCGGAGUUGGGGGUAUCUUCUUCGAUGACAUCGAUACGCCGGACCAGGAAAGUGCAUUUAACUUCAUCACGACCUGUGCCCACUCGGUGAUACCGUCCUACCUGCCGCUGGUUCGGAAGCACAAAAAUGACGCCUACGGAGAUCGCGAACGGCAGUGGCAGUUGUUGCGCCGGGGCCGCUACGUGGAAUUCAACCUGAUCUACGAUCGCGGUACGAAGUUUGGCCUGUACACGCCUGGGGCGCGCUACGAAAGUAUACUGAUGUCGCUUCCACUGACGGCGAAAUGGGAAUACAUGCACGUGCCUGCACCGGACAGCAAGGAAGGUGAAAUUACACAUGUCCUGAAGAACCCACGAGACUGGCUACAGACAGCGCAGAACAAAUGAUGCAUUUAUUAUCGUUAAAGUUUUCCACGUAUUUCUCAAUAAAAGUUUAUUUUAGAAGGUUCA